AUUUGAUGAGACAGCCACGCAUAUGUUCAUUGUAGCACUCUCUGGGUGUGAUUUUCUAACUUCCAUAAUAUGUAUACCUAUUGACAUUGUGGUCCUACAUUUUUCCUACACUUUCGACAGUGAUAUUGCAUGCCGUGUAUUUCGCUUUGUGGUAGCUGUAGCAAUAAUCAAUUCCGCUUUGAUUGUGUUUGUUAUAGCAGUCGAUAGAUACAUUCUCAUAUGUCGACCCCUUAAGCAAAAUAUUUCCGUUAAGAAUUCAAAAUUAAUUUUAAUAUUUUUAACAAUCUUCGCGAUUAUUGUUACUAUACCAGCAAUUUUUCUACACGGCAAGCAAAAAAAAAUGGUGAAACGAUGUGGAAAUAUUGGGGGAGUAUGUUCACCUUCUCCCAAUGUAAAUGGCAUAAUGCAUCCUCUUGUCUACUAUACUACUGGAUUGACCGUUUGCUGUUGUAUGUUGAUUAUUAUUUUGAUUAUAUACUUAUUAAUUGGAAUGCGCAUUUGGAAAAUUUACAAAGCGAAGAAAAAUAAAGCAAAUCAGUUUCGCGAAGCCUUCACAACUCGUACCAUUUCCAAACCUGAAGGUCAGUUUACAGAUAUUAGUUCUUCAGAGAAGCGAUCUACCUCUUUUGCACGUCUUAGAAAACAAUCAAUGCCACCAGUUCGGUCUAGUUUAAUAUUCUUUGUCAUCAGUUUAGUCUGGAUUAUCGCUUAUCUACCAUAUUUCGUUGGAAUAUUCUGGAGGUUGCUUGUUAAAGAUUUUGAAGACGUUGCAAGUGAUAAAGAACAGAUAAUUUGCAAAUUAUUAACUUAUUCUUUUUAUCUCAGCUCUGCUCUUAAUCCGUAUAUUUACGGACUUUUCAGUCAACAGUUUCGUAAUGAAUUGCUUGCUUUAUUUCGCAACAUUUUCCAAUUAUGUAAAAAACAAAAUAUCGAAACUCAUUGAAUUCAUCACUUUAUAAUCUUUCGCAAGUGGAACAUAUCGCCUAAAAUGAACACUACAAGUUCUUCCCAGUUUAAAAUGUAUAGAAAUUAAGAGGGUUUUUUUCUUUUUCUUUUUCUUCUUUCGCUUGAACAACUGGUAUACACGAAUCGCCAUAUAAGACAGUUUUACUUCAACAUUUGAGCAUUAAAAGAAAUAAAACGGUCAGAAUAUGUAACUCACUGAACUAAUUAAAGGGUAUUUGGUGAGUACCGCGUGCCUGUAUAUCUAUAUAUAUAAAAAUGAGAAUGUGUGUCUGUUUGUCUGUCUGUCUGUGUUCCCCUAAAACUCGAGAACUACACAACCAAUUUCAUUCAAAUUUUACACAUGUCUUACUUAGGGUUCCGGUUGUGUUUUAGUCAAAAAAAUUAUUAACUUCUUGCAUAGUUCGAGCCCACAGCAACAUCAUAUCUCCUCCACUAUUUAAGUAUUACGUGUCAAAAGUGAAACAAAAACACUCAUGUCAAAUACUUUCACUUUAAAAAUGAAACUAUUCCACUAACUGAAACAAUCACAUUUCGAUACUGUAAUG